AUGAAUGAAAAAAAGAGCAUCAUCCUUUUUGGACUCACUGGGCAAGGAAAGUCCUCAAUUGCAAACAUGAUGAUUCAAGGUGAUAUUUAUCAUGAAGGCAAUGUGUUCGAAAUUAAUGAUGGUGCUGUUGGUGCGAAUAUUUCGAUACAACGCAGUGAUAAUGAUAAAUUUAUAGUUUACGAUACGAUAAGAUUAGGUGAAGCAUGUUCUGGAAACUUUUCGCAUAAGGAGGCUGUCAAAAUGAUAAGAGAAUAUUUUACUACUUGUCAAUUGCCGUUAAAUUACAUAGCUUUCGUUAAAAAGAAAGGCAGAUUUACCGAAGAAGAUCGUAAAAUGUUUAAUUUAUUUAAAGAGAUUUUUGAGGGAAAUGAGAAAAAUUUUAUUAUAAUUAUUACUAAUAGUAAUCCGAAUUGGGUCGAAAAGAACUCAGAAUCAUUAAAGAAAAAUUUUAGAGAAGAUUAUCAGAUUAUUUCGGUCGAUUUUCCUUUUAACGAAGAUGAUGAUGCAGUCAUUCAGCGAAAAAAAAGAGCACAGAGUGAUGAGAGUAAUCGUAGUAAUCGUGCGACACAAAAUUUAUUUUUUAAAAAUAUGACGAAAGUUGUUGCACAAAUUGCAUUUAAGGGAUUUGCAAGGAAAUACACUUGA